AUGGCCAAUAGAAAGCCAGUCUUAGUUUUCAGUCCCGGAGCGUGGCACACGCCCGAAUACUUCCAGCCAACGACAUCGCGCCUCAUAGAGGCGGGUUUCACCUGCGACGCUGUAUCCCUGCCGAGCGUCGGUGCGGAACUAAAAUCGCCAGAAUUCCCAUCGAUACCCCAGAGCUUCGAUGCAGACGUCACAGCUAUACGCGAGACAAUCCUCGAGCACCUAGAUGCUGGCUGUGAUGUCGUGCUUAUAGCACAUAGCUACAGCGGUGUCGUCGGUAGCGAAGCCGUCGCAGAAUUAGACACCACAUCCCGGACCCGCGCCGGGGAGACCACCGCCGUCAUACACCUCAUCUACGUAUCGGCUCUUGUAGUCGACGUCGGAUCACAGUUAUGGCCGACCGGGAGUCCAGCGUUUCCGGAUCAGGUCAGAGUGGAGGGGGACUUGGUGUACCGCGUGCCGGAGAAACUAGACGAGGUCUUCUAUGGGCGGUGUACUCCGGCGCAGCGGGAGUUACUCGUGCGAUGUCAGCGGAGCCAUGCUCGGGGUGCUUUUACGAGUCCUACGACGCAUGCGGCAUGGCGGGUUAUCCCGACUACUAGUGAAACCUUCUCGCAUAGAGGUUCAGAAGGGGUUCUUGAUGCUCGAAAUUUGGAGAAGGCAGUUGGUGCUAUGCACAGAGACGGCCUCGUUGUCGUUGAGGAUGUAAUCUCUCACGAUGCGUUAGACCACCUAAACAAGAAGAUGGUGGAAGAUGCGCGAGUUCUACAAGACCGAGGUGAAGAUGGUCCUUUCAAUUAUAAUACGGGGAACAUACAACAAGACGCCCCUCCGGUAGCCGAGUAUUUUAACCCUACUAUUUUUACAAAUCCCAUUGCAACUCAGAUCACGACUGCGGUGCUCGGCCCCCGUCCCAAGUGGACCUUCUGCUCGGCCAACUCAGCCAUGCCGGGAGGAACUCCGGCACGCCAACCAGUACACUCCGACGCAGACUUCCAACAUCCGGACCACCCAUUCGCGCUGGUCGUCAACGUUCCCCUUGUCACCAUGACACCGGAGAACGGCUCAACGGAGAUCUGGCUCGGAACUCACAAGCACGACGCAAACGUAGACGGGCAAGAAGGCGCUCACGGUGAGAGAGCUAGUGGUCGCAUACGGGACAGUCUUCUAGCCGAGCGCAAAGAGGUGUGUCCGCCAUCCCAGCCCGUAAUUCAGAAAGGCAGUGUUGUGAUACGAGACCUGCGACUCUGGCAUGCGGGCAUGCCAAAUCUGGCGCGCGAUGUCCGCGUCAUGCUUGCCAUGAUCCAUUUCGCGCCGUGGUAUAGGAAUUCCAUGCGUCUGGCAGUUCUCCGAGGACAUCAAGCCUGUUCUGGAAAAGCUGGAGAGUGA